AUGACUGCCAAUAUUCAACAAAAUGGAACCAACGAUGGAACUCAAAUAGGUGUGAAUGAAGGGAUCGUCAUCAUCGGAGGAGGAUCAGCCCUUGAUCCAUUAGAUCAAGCGUGUCUACAGGACUUGAGAAUAACUGAUCCGCGAGAUGACAAGGAGCGUCUAAAAAGCACGAGCGGCGGGCUCCUGGAAGCCUCGUACCAGUGGAUUCGCGACAACGAGGCAUUCAAGCAAUGGCAACAUGACCAGAGCGGCAGUAAACCUGUCGUCUGGAUAAGGGGUAAUCCCGGAAAAGGCAAGACAAUGCUUCUCUGUGGGAUUAUCGAAGACCUGGCAAAAUCACACGAGAAUGCGGCCGUAUCUUUCUUCUUUUGUCAAGCAACCGAUUCGCGCAUCAACAGUGCCAAGUCUGUCCUGCGUGGAUUGAUUUAUUUGCUUGUUGAACAAAAUCGAUCUCUUCUCCGCCACGUACGAGCUCGAUAUGAUUCUGCGCGCGAGAGAAUGUUCAAAGAUGUCAAUGCAUGGCAUGCGCUCGUCUCAAUAUUCACGCAAAUUCUCGAAGACUCGGCUUUGAAAAGCGUCUAUCUUGGGAUUGAUGCGCUGGAUGAGUGUGGAGAUGGCCGUGACCUCCUUUUGGACCUGAUUAUUGAAACCGCGAAAACCAAUUCAAAGAUCAAAUGGAUUGUUUCUAGCCGAAACGAACGUGAAAUUACUGAACUUUUCGACCAUGCUGCCCAGGUAGCCCCAAUAUCAUUGGAGAUGAGUGAAGCAUUUGUGUCUGAGGCGAUCAAUGCAUUCAUUGAGCACAAGGUGGCCGACCUCGCGCAGAAAAAGCGCUACAAACCCGAAGUCAGACGCAAGGUCCAUCGCCAUUUGGUCUUGAACACAAGAGGCACUUUCUUAUGGGUUUCAUUGGUCCUGAAAAACCUUGCCCGAACACAAUCAAGACAUGUGAAUGAGAAACUAAAAACGUUCCCGCCUGGCUUAGAUGCUCUCUAUCACCGGAUGAUGGAUCAGGUUCGCAAGUCAGAUGAUGCAGAUUUCUGCAAGCAGAUCCUUGGUACUAUAUUGACCGUCUAUCGCCCUGUCACGCUUAGUGAGCUCGGCUCUCUUCUCGCGGGGCGAAUGGAUAGCCUCGAUGAUAUUGAUACCAUCUCUGAGGUGAUCGAAUCUUGUGGUUCAUUCUUAACAGUACAAGAAGAUACUGUCACUCUGGUUCACCAGUCUGCAAAAGACUUCCUGGACCAGGAGGUACAAACUGAGGUUCUUCCUAAGGGCGUCGAGAAUGAACACCACGCGAUCUUUUCCCAAUGUCUGAGUGCUCUUAUAAAAACACUGCGGCGGGAUAUGUUUGGUCUCAGACUACCCGGGACUACCAAAGCUCAAAUCAGAGCGCCUAGCCCAAAUCCACUUGCAUCUGCUGAGUACGCAUGUGUUUAUUGGGUGGACCAUCUCGAUGAUUGUCAAAGCAACGAAGCAUACAGACUGAGCUUGAAGAACAGGGAGAUGGUUGAUGCAUUUUUGCGGCGGAAAUACCUCAACUGGCUCGAGGCUUUGAGUUUACUCGGAAAGGUUUCGGACGGCAUAGGGGCUAUGAGAAAAUUGGAGAAUAUACUUGAGGUAAGUUUUGAACCCCAUCUAUAG